AUGGCUUCCGACAGGGACGUCCUGCCUGACACUGUCAAGCCCUCCAACUAUGCCAUCUCCCUGUACGACUUGGAGUUUGGCGGCGCGUUCGGCUACCAGGGCACCGUCGUCAUCUCCUCCGAGAUUCGCAAGCCCACCAAGGAAAUCGUGCUCAAUGCCUACCAGCUGAAGAUUCACGAGGCUUCCGUCGUGACCGAGCACACCAAGACCCAGCAGUCCAUCAAGACCACCAACGUCUCGUACGAUGAGAAGAACCAGCGUGCUACCCUCGCCUUUGACCAGGAGCUGCCUGCCUCCUCCAAGGCAGAGUUGAUGGCUGGUUUCUACCGCUCCAAAUACAAGCCUGCCGUUCCCGCUGUCCCCUCGGUCGCCAAGGAUGACGAGUACCACUACAUGUUCAGCACUCAGUUUGAGUCUUGCGACGCUCGCAGGGCGUUCCCUUGCUUUGACGAGCCGAACCUGAAGGCCACCUUCGACUUCGAAAUCGAGAUCCCCGAGGACCAGACUGCCAUCAGCAACAUGCCCGAGAAGGAGAUCAAGAAGUCCUCCAAGCCCGGUUUCAAGGUUGUCUCCUUCGAGAAGACUCCGGUCAUGAGCACCUACCUCCUGGCCUGGGCUGCUGGUGAUUUCGAAUACGUCGAGGACUUCACUCGCAGAAAGUACAACGGCAAGAGCCUGCCUGUUCGCGUCUACACCACCCGCGGCCUCAAGGAGCAGGGCCGCUUCGCUCUUGAGCAUGCCCACAAGACUGUUGACUACUUCUCCGAGAUCUUCCGUAUUGAGUACCCCCUGCCCAAGGUUGACAUGAUUGCUGUGCAUGAAUUUUCGCACGGUGCCAUGGAGAACUGGGGUCUCAUUACCUACAGAACCACCGCAGUCUUGUUCGAUCCCGAAAAGUCCGACCAGAAGUACAAGAACAGGGUCGCUUAUGUCGUUGCUCACGAGCUUGCCCAUCAGUGGUUUGGCAACUUGGUCACUAUGGACUGGUGGAGCGAGCUCUGGCUCAACGAGGGCUUCGCCACCUGGGUUGGCUGGUUGGCUGUGGACCAUCUCCACCCCGAGUGGAACGUUUGGGGACAGUUCUGCAGCGAAUCUCUCCAAUCAGCAUUUGCCCUCGACUCCCUUCGCAACUCUCACCCCAUUGAAGUGCCCGUCAGGAAUGCCCUCGAGGUCGAUCAAAUUUUUGACCACAUCAGCUACCUGAAGGGAAGCUCCGUCAUUCGCAUGCUGAGUGCCCACCUUGGUACUGAGACCUUCCUUCUUGGUGUUUCGCAAUACCUGAAUGCCUUCAAGUAUGGCAAUGCUACCACGAAUGACCUGUGGACGGCUCUGAGCAAGGCCUCCGGUCAGGACGUCAACACGUUCAUGGACCCGUGGAUCCGUAAGAUUGGUUUCCCUGUUGUCACGGUUGCCGAGGAGCCUGGCCAGAUCAGCGUGCAGCAGCGUCGCUUCCUCCUCACGGGCGAUGUGAAGACCGAGGAAGACCAGACCACCUGGUGGAUUCCCCUUGGAUUGAAGACGGCCUCCAAGACUGCAAGCAGUGCUGCGGGUGCUCUUACCACCAAGGAGGACACGAUCCGUGGCGUCGACGAGAGCUUCUACAAGCUCAACGCAGACCAGACCGGUUUCUACAGGACCAACUACCCGCCUGAGCGCCUCCUCAAGCUCGGUGAAGCCAAGGACAAGCUCAGCAUCGAGGAUAAGAUUGGUCUCGUUGGAGAUGCCGCCGGAUUGGCGCAGUCUGGCGAUGCUACCACCGCCGGUUUCCUCGCUCUCCUCGAGGGCUUCCAAAGCGAGUCCGAGUACAUUGUCUGGCAGCAGAUUCUCCUCACGUUGGGCAAUGUUCGCUCGAUCUUCUCUGAGAAUGAGGAGAUCUCAAAGGGUCUUCGCCUGCUCACGCGCAAGCUAGUGACGCCGGCCACCGAUAAGAUCGGGUGGGAAUUCGCUGAGAAUGAGGACUUUCUCAAGGGCCAGCUUCGUUCUCUCCUGAUCUCAGCCGCCGGUCUCGCCGGGCACGAGGGUGUGAUCAAGGAGGCGCAACGCCGGUUCGCCGCGUACCAGAGCGGCGACAAGAAGGCGAUUCACCCGUCGCUACGCGGACCGAUCUUUAGGAUUGUGGUCACGGAGGGCGGCGAGAAGGGCUACGAGGCAAUCAAGCAGGAAUUCGUCAACAACACAUCGAUCGACGGUAGGGAAAUUUGCCUGCAGGCGCUCGGACGCGUGCAGACGCCGGAGCUCGCGAAGGUCUAUCUCGAUUUCCUCUUCUCGCCGGCGGUGCCCGUCCAAGACAUGCAUAGUGGGGCUGCGGCAUUGGCCGCCAACUCGAAGACGCGACAUGCGCUGUGGGCCUACAUCAAGGAGCACUGGAGCACAAAGGUGUACCCGGAGCUCAGCGGCAACAUGGUGGUGCUGGACCGGUUCAUCAAGCUUUCGCUCGCUAAAUUUGCGAGCUACGAAGUCGCGAAGGACGUCAAGGCUUUCUUCGCCGACAAGGACUGCAAGGGCUUCGACCGGGCGCUCGCGCAGUCGGAUGAUAUCAUGACGGGUGGCGCCAAGUACCGUGAGAGAGACAGCGCGGUCGUCAAGGAGUGGCUCUCGGCGCACGGCUACCUCUAA